AUGAUAUACUCGUGGACCGAGCACAAUGCGCCUCUCCACCACCUACCGGCAAUUCCGAAUGCCAACCCGGGCGCGGAAUUCCUACGAGACAAGAAGACGCUGCUGAUUGAUGAAGCCCCCGCGCCCGCGCUAGUGCCCACCGUCGUGCCGAUAUUCGCGCUCUGCGAGGAGGGAGCGGGAGACAGUCGCGCUGACCGAGCGACGGAGCGCCGAUCACGGGACGCAGCGGGGUACACAAACUGGCGGAAGGAGAGCCUCGAGGCGGAUUGCGCCAUCACGACCUACCACAUCCGGAGAUUCUGAACACCAGUACCCUCUGCCCAUGGCAGCAUGCUGCAGGUACAGUGCGUUCGGCACGUCUGCCCCCGCAGGCCUCGGCGAGAGCACGCCGCAGACGGGGCCGAACUGCAGGAAGGUUGCACAGGUGCCAAGCGAGACUCCAGAGGCAAGUGCAGCGCACAAACAGAGUAAUCACUGUCCUUGUUCGACCGGACGGAUUGACGCCCCAGUCUUCUCCAGUGUGAAUUGGCUCCACCGUGGCCAGAAUCUAGAGGUUCCGUCUGGCCACGGACGCCACAGGCGGGGGAACCGCAAUAGAAAUAUGACCUGCAUCCCUACCCAGGUGCGCUGCAUCCCUGUCUUCUUACCUUCGCGGGACAGAGCAGCUGAUGCGACUUCCACAGAACAACAUGGCGAACUCACCGCCCUGAUCAGAACAGAGAAGGUGGCAGAAGCAGGCACCACCGCCGGCGAGAGGCAUAGCGCAGUCUUCGGACCAUUUCCUCUCCCACCGCAAGGCGGCGGACCCGAUAGCGAUAGCUGAGAUGAUAGCAGGCUUGCAGGAGCUCACCAUCCCCCUCCCCCUGCGUCCGACUCCGCGAGCACUGGCAGCGUGCAUGACGAGUACCAAGAUCCGAUAAGCAAGGCGCAUAAUCGAUCCCGAGUGUCCCAGCGCCGAACUUGUGCGCGCCGGUACCAUCACGUGCGGCGCCUCCCGCCGCACAAUGGGUACCGGCGGUCGGGGGCUGAUAU